AUGGAGACUAUAAGGAGACGCAGUAUUCAUUCAAACAAGUAUUCGGCACCCACACAAACCAGAAGGAGCUCUUUGAUGUUGUGGCGAACCCCUUGGUGGAUGACCUUCUUCAUGGCAAAAAUGGUUUUUAAAUCUAAUGAUAGGAAUAGCAUGGACAUACAGUGUGAGGUUGACGCCUUGCUAGAGCGUCAGAAAAGAGAAGCCUUGCCCAAUCUAAAGACCCCAACCAGCAAACGACAAGUAGACCUGGAGUUUGCAGAUAUGAUAACUGUACAAGAAUUUUGCAAAGCGGAAGAAGUUGAUGAAGAUAGUGUUUAUGGUGUAUUUGUCUCUUAUAUUGAAAUAUAUAAUAAUUACAUAUAUGAUCUGUUGGAAGAGAUGCCAUUUGAUCCCAUCAAGCCAAAACCUCCGCAAUCGAAAUUGCUUCGCGAAGAUAAGAACCACAACAUGUAUGUUGCAGGAUGUACAGAAGUUGAAGUGAAAUCUACUGAGGAGGCUUUCGAAGUGUUCUGGAGAGGCCAGAAGAAGCGGCGUAUUGCUAACACCCACCUGAACCGCGAGUCCAGCCGUUCCCACAGUGUGUUCAACAUUAAGCUAGUCCAGGCUCCCUUGGAUGCAGACGGAGACAAUGUCCUACAGGAAAAAGAACAAAUCAUUAUUAGCCAAUUAUCCUUGGUUGAUCUUGCUGGAAGUGAAAGAACCAACCGGACAAAAGCCGAAGGGAACAGAUUACGUGAAGCUGGUAACAUUAACCAGUCACUCAUGACGCUGAGAACGUGCAUGGAGGUCCUCAGAGAGAAUCAAAUGUAUGGAACUAACAAGAUGGUUCCAUAUCGAGAUUCCAAGUUGACCCAUCUGUUCAAGAACUACUUUGACGGGGAGGGAAAAGUACGCAUGAUUGUGUGUGUGAAUCCAAAGGCUGAAGAUUAUGAAGAAAGCUUGCAAGUCAUGAGAUUUGCAGAAAUGACCCAAGAAGUUGAAGUAGCAAGACCAGUGGACAAGGCAAUCUGUGGUUUAACUCCUGGGAGGCGAUUCAGAAACCAGGCUCGUGGAGGUCCGAUUGGAGAUGAGCCCAUGGUGAUGGAUGUGGUUUUCCAGAGUUUCCCACCCCUGCCAUCCUGCGAGAUCCUGGAUGUCAACGACGAGCAGACCCUCCCCAGGCUGAUUGAAGCCUUGGAGAAGCGACAUCAGCUGCGGCAAGCAAUGAUCAACGAGUUCAACAGACAGUCUACCACUUUCAAAGCUUGGUUACAAGAAUUCGACAAUGCCGUUUUAAACAAAGAAAGCUACAUUCAAGGAAAGCUAAGUGACAGAGAUAAGGUGAUCUCAGGACAGAAAUUGGAAUUAGAGCGGCUGGAGAAGAAGAACAAAACUCUAGAAUAUAAGAUUGAGAUCUUGGAGAAAACGACGACCAUUUAUGAAGAAGACAAGCGCCAUCUGCAGCAGGAACUCGAAACCCAGAACCAGAAACUGCAGCGACAGUUUUCUGACAAACGGAGACUGGAGGCCAGGUUGCAAGGCAUGGUGACGGAGACCACCAUGAAGUGGGAGAAAGAAUGCGAGCGGCGCGUAGCCGCCAAACAGCUGGAGAUGCAGAAUAAACUCUGGGUCAAAGAUGAGAAACUGAAACAGCUGAAGGCCAUUGUUACGGAUCCCAAACCAGAGAAGCCAGAGAGACCCUCUCGGGAUCGAGACCGAGAAAAAGUGGCUCCCAGAGCUGCCUCACCGCCAGUCCCUCUUUCUAGUAACUAUCUUGCUCAGAUUUCCAACGGCCAGCAACUCAUGAGCCAGCCACAGCUCCAUAGGCGCUCUAACUCUUGCAGCAGCAUUUCUGUAGCUUCCUGUGUCUCGGAAUGGGAGCAGAAAAUUCCUCCGUACAACACACCUGUCAGUGUCACAUCUAUUGCAAGGCGUAGGCAGCAAGAGCCAGAACAAAGUAAAACCUGUGUGGUGUCAGACAGAAGGCGGGGGAUGUGCUGGACUGAAGGCAGGGAGGUGGUUCCCACAUUCAGAAGUCAGAUAGAACUAGAAGAGGAUCCGUGCUGCAGGGGUGAUGUGUAUAAAACACGGGGCGGUGGACAGGCUGUUCAGUUUACUGAGAUUGAGACUCUAAAGCAGGAAUCACCAACCGGUAAUCGGAAACGGAGAUCUUCCACGGCCGCUCCUGCCCAACCAGAUGGUACAGAGUGUGAAUGGACCGAUGUAGAAACAAGGUGUUCCGUGGCUGUGGAGAUGAGAGCUGGAUCACAACUGGGGCCUGGAUACCAGCAUCACGCACAACCCAAGCGCAAGAAGCCAUAAGCUGACACAGCCCCAGAAAUCAAAGAACGGUCGUUGAUGGUUUCUUCACAGUCACGCCAGAAAGCACCCUUUGAGCCACUGUGUCAAACUCUAGCUUUGCUGAGCAUCACAGCCCUGGGAUGAAUUAUAUAGAAACACGGCUGAAAGGAAAGCCUCCCACUGGUUCCAAAGACGCCUGCCACUCAGCACCCUGUUUAUAUUAUAUACCCUGUCAUAUUUAAUAUUAAUAGCAGAGAGACGCCCUUUGCUCAUUGCCGUAUGAACUGUUUUAUAAUGCUAUUCUUUUUGGUAUAUUUCUUAUAUGCAUAUAAACUAAUUCAUGCAAGUGUUUGUUUGUCUCGGGUGAUUAAGGAUUAUAUCUAGAUCAUGAUUUAUUUCCUGGGACUUACCCAGCACUGACCUGAGUAUUUCUUUUAAGGUUUUUAAACAAAACAAAUGCUGCUAUUGAUUAGCUGUAAGAAUGCACUUUAGACAUAUUUAACAAUUCAAACUUGUAAAUAAAGCUGUCGCUGACUGACCAGUA